AUUCAAUAGGUGCAACGCACAGGGGUUGAUAGUAGUUAAAAUAAUCCGCAGCCCAAAUUCUGAUCGGAGAUACCAAAAUCCGUUGGCCGGAAUAGACGGAUAUGCUAUCCCAUCCCACCUCAAUUUCAUGCUUCUUCUCGGCACGCCGUUCCUUCCACGGCGCGCUGCCGUCUCACAAGCUCCAAGCCCACGCGUUUUGCUGUCGUCAGAAGAAGACCAAGACGGGGCCCUUGCUGUCACCGGCGGCGCUUCCUUUCGACCUCUCCCCUCCUCCCAUCGACCUCGACCCGCUGGAGACAGCGGCUUUUCCUGAAGAAGAUGGAACCACGGAUGCAUACGCCAGUGCAGAUGAGGCAUUGGAUGCAUUUGCUAAUGGUGCAGUGGUUGUGGAUCUUUCCGACUAUGGCCGAAUAAGAGUCAGUGGGGAAGAUCGUAUUCAGUUUCUUCACAAUCAAACCACUGCAAACUUUGAAUGUCUUGGUGAAGGCCAGGGAUGUGACACCGUGUUUGUGACACCAACAGCUCGGACUAUUGAUAUUUCACAUGCAUGGGUCAUGAACAAUGCAGUUAUUCUGGUUGUCUCUCCAAUGACUUGUGGAAGCAUAACUGAAAUGCUGAAGAAGUACAUAUUUUUCUCUGACAAGGUGGAAAUUCAAGAUAUUACUGAAAAGACCAGCAUGUGUGCAUUAUUGGGACCUAAAAGCAGCAAAAUAAUGGACGAAUUGAAUCUAGGAAAUCUAACUGGAAAAGCAUAUGGCUCUCAUGAGCAUUACAGUGUUGAUGGGAUGCCGGUUACUGUGGCAGUAGGUAGUACUGUUUCAGUGGAAGGCUUCACAUUUAUGAUGUCUCCUGCUGCUGCAGGAUCCAUCCGGAAAGCUCUUAUAGGCCAUGGGGCAGUUCCUAUGAGUCCUGAUGCUUGGGAGACAUUGAGGAUUCUUCAAGGAAGACCAGCUCCUGGGAAAGAACUCACUGACGAAUUUAAUGUUUUAGAGGCUGGUCUUUGGAGGGCUGUUUCUUUCAACAAAGGAUGUUAUAAAGGACAAGAAACCAUCUCAAGACUUGUUACUUAUGAUGGAAUCAAACAGAGAUUUUGGGGAAUUCGUUUAUCAUCUCAAGUGGCACCAGGCAGCAUCAUUACUGUAGACGGGAAGAAGGUGGGAAAACUGACAAGCUAUACGGAUGGUACGAAAGCGUCUGGGCCUUUUGGACUUGGAUAUAUUAAGAGGAGGGCAGCUUCAGAGGGGGACUCUGUAACAGUUGGAGACACUGUUGUUGGGACUCUAGUUGAGGUUCCCUUCCUAAAGGAUCAACCUCCACCAUCCAAAGACUAAGUUUAGUUUACUAGAUGCUUGUAUAAUAAACUAAGGAUAUCCCAAAGUCCCAUUUUAUUUCAUAAUCUUUUGCCACAUCUUGAAUUUGAAUUCUGUUCAAGGUGUGGUUAUAUUUAUCCAAAUGAAUGAACUAACAAAAUGUCUAUCCUA